AUGCUAGCCUUGGGCAACUCUGUACUUCUUUCAACUGCUCACUCAAUGGACAUGCAACACACAACACAGCCUGCAAACACCGAUCAACCUCCAGCUGAAAAUGCCAUCAUGUCGCCGAGAGACAAACAGUUUUGCAACAAUCUUCUCAAAUCCUUAAAGAAGAAUCCACACGCUUUGCCGUUUCUUGUUGCUGUCGAUCCAGUCGCACUCAACUGCCCCGACUAUCCUGAUAUUGUAAAGAACCCAAUGGAUCUUGGAACGAUUCAGACAAAGCUCCACAGCGAUCAGUAUGACUCCAUCGACGCGUUCGCCAACGAUAUCCAGCUCAUGUUCAACAACUGCUACCUUUAUAAUGGCCCCUAUGAUCCAGUGACAUUGGAAGGUCGAAAGCUCGAAGAAGCAUAUCGACGUGGCAUGGAAAAAAGACCUAUCCCAAUUCAAGCAGCUGGUGAACUCAUGCCGGAUGAUGAAUUCAAACGAUGUGAAAAGACGCUAAAGGAACUCAAAAAGCCAAAGCAUCUUGAAGACGCAUGGAUCUUUUUGAAGCCUGUGGAUGCCGGCGCAUGGGGUGCAGUGGACUACUACGACAUCAUUAAAACGCCGAUGGACUUGUCGACAAUGGAAAAGAAGUUGCUCGAAUACGAAUACGCCAACGAACAAGAGUUUGUCAACGACAUGCAUUUGAUGUUUCAAAAUUGCUACACCUACAAUCCACCGGGUCACCCAGUUCAUCAAUCGGGAAAGAACCUCGAGGCAACAUUCGAAGCUUAUUGGGAAAAGCUACAUGAAAAGAAAGAAAAGAAGAAGAGCAGUGCCAGCAAAUCAUCAAAAGGAUUGAAGCGUGACAUUGCUCCAAUCGACAGUAUACCACCUCAACCCAAACGAGCACGUGAAGACGUAGAAGAAUUGGAUCCAUCAAAAGAACCGAAAUCAUCAGUGUUAAGGCUCAGGAUACCGACAGCAUCCUUGAAACAAAAUCAACCACCACCACAAUCUACAACAACACCUACAUCAGCAUCAUCCGUACCAGCAUCUAAUAAUAAUAAUCAAUUGCAUCUCGCCAUUUCAAAGCAUCCACCAGCAUCACAAUCCGCAUCAUCAUCUUCAGCAACAGCAUCCACUACUACCAAUACAAAACGACUCGCCCUAUCCGACACCAAACUUUCCACUCCCACAAAGUCCAACGCUCCUCCUUUGGCACUCUCCGCACAAAGAAAACCCAAGAUCACAAACGCCACUGCACGACCGCAUGAGGCCAACAAAGGUGUGCCAAACAAAGUGGCCAACAAGCUCCCUAGCAAACCAGUACCUAAGAAACCUGCUCCUCAAGCCUUUGAUGUGGGUGUACUUUUGGAUGGAAUUGCACAAGAAAAGGAACAACGUGAACGAGAGAAACGUCUUCAACAAGAACAACAACAACGGCUUGAGGAUGAAAAACGAGAAAAGGAGAUGCGACGACGUCAAGAAGAAGAGCUUAGGAGACAGGAAUGGAGAGAUUGGGCUACAAAGAAAAAGGAGAGUGAUCGAAGCAAAAGGAUGGCAGCACUUGAGGCUUCGCCGAUUAAUAUCAGCCGGGACAAGUUGCGAUUCCACAAAUUCGAAAAAGAGUUAAGUAAAAGUCGAGAUUGGCAUCAACUUUAUGGAUUUCAACGAGACGCAUUGCAAUACCAUCGAUAUCCAAUGCCUGGAUUUGUCAGAAAUUCACAACGGAGCAUUUCCGAUGUCAAAGCCAUGCUGUUGAACGCGACGUUUCGACACCGACGCCAGGAUGAACAAAUGCAUCACGAGGAUAGCGUGCAAGACAUGGAUAUGGAUCUCGAGUAA